UUAUAUAAAGACCCCGUGAAAAUUCGAAGACAUCAGUAUCGACGAGUCGACCAGCGAGUCUCCGUGAAUUCAAGUGAUAACUGACGAUAAUUUUGCACAAUCGGGAUUUUUGCUGGCGAAUUAGAAACUGUUUGUGGAGAAAAAUGAAGGCUCGCAUGGCAUUGUUCCUCGUUGGGAUGCUCUCCCUUGUGGUUGGUAUCGAGGCUCAGGACGUUGAAGCGUUGCUGAAGAAUCCAGAAUUCGUUAAUUUUGAAAUCAAUUGUAUGUUGGACGAGGGGCCCUGCGAUCUCAUUGGAAACUCGAUUAAAAACGUAUUACCCGAAGCCCUGAACAACAAUUGUCGCCGCUGCACAAGAUCUCAAGCGAGGAUCAUCCGACGUCUGAUUGAUUUCAUGGAGACCGCCUACCCCGAGCAAAACCAGCGAAUUCGCAACCGUUACAUCCGCUCCCCAACCUCGGAACUUGCCGAUGAACUACCGUAAAUAUUUUGACACUCGACACUAAUCACAAUUUUUCUUUUAUUUGACUCCCAUAUUUGACACUGAUAGAACUAUUCAAAUUUAUUCCGAGAAUUACUGACCUUUGAAGACUAAAAGAGCAUCAUCAACUUGAAAAAUGAAUAGAAUCCUCCGAUUAUUGAUUUUUGCCUCAAUGAUGUGAUGAGGAAGUCAAGAAAUUAAAUAGUAAAUCGAGAAAAUUUUCCAGACAAAAUAUCUCUUGAUGGGAUUUUCCUUUGAAAAGUCUUUCGUACUCGUAUUAAUUGUAAUGAUUCGAUCGACGUCCGAUGAUUGACGCUGGGAGAAGGGGAAAUAGAAAUGAGUUUUGAUUAUUCAAUUGAUAUGUGAUGAUGACAAGUGCAAUUUUCCGUAAAAAAAAUUCCAGAAUAAAAGACAAAAACGAUAAUUUUAUGUUAACAACAAUAUUUAUUACAUAAUUACGAUAUAAUAAUAACUUCUAUGAUGUACAGUACAUUGUCGCACUAAUGUUCUUAUUAUCAUAAUUAUUAAAUGGAAUGAUACAAUUA